AUGCCUCCUCCUCCUCCUCCUCCACCGCCCAAUAACCCCGUCCACGCCACCCUGCCCGACAACACCGCCGCUGCCGCCCAGCCCAAGCAGCCGCGCAAAGGCCCCAGCACCCGCCGCGCCCUCAGCUGCCUGCCGUGCCGCCGCCACAAGCUCAAGUGCGACCGCCAUGUGCCCUGCCACUCGUGCACCCGCUAUCGCCGCGAGGACCUCUGCCGCAAGCACCCCGCGCCCUCCUCGCUGCUCGAUGGCAUGCGCGGCGCCCCCAAGGGCCCGCCUAACCAUAUCGCCGCCGUCGCCGACCUCUCCGCCGCCGCUGCCUAUCCCCCCGCCGCCGCCGCCGCCGCCACCACCACCACCACCACCACCACCGCCCUCCACCCGUCCCAACCCGCCGCCGCCCCCCUCAGACACCCCCCCGACGCCCUGCUGGCCGCGGCCGCCCUCACCGUGCGCGACACCGUGGCCUCCGUCCCGCCGCACCACCUCGCCAGCCUGACCCAGCACCUCGCCGGCACCUCGCUGCUGCCCGCCUCGCUGCCCUUCCUGGCCGCCGCCGGCCAGAGCCCCGUCCGCCACGCCGAGGUCGCCGCCUUCUGGAAGACCCAGUUGAUCGCCUUCCUGCCCACCAAGCGCCAGUGCGACCUGCUGGUCACCUACUACCUCGAGCACCUCAAUUGGGUCUACCAUGUCGUGCAUGUGCCCUCCUACCUCGACGAGUACGCCGCCUUCUGGGACACCAAGGUGCACGACGUCAACCUGAUCUGGCUCGCCCUGCUCUACGCCAUCAUCUCCUCCAGCGCCAUCUACCUCCCGCUGCGCGUCGCCAAAACUGCCGGCUUUGCCGAGUCCAGCAUCCGAAAUAGAGCCCACAUGUUCUACUCCGCCUCCCGCCAGGCGCUGCAUGCAGGCAACUUUGAAUCCCGCCCGACCCUGGUCGGCAUUGAAACCUUCCUCGUCACCCAAUCGUACUGGCUGGCCACCAAGAACGUCGAGGCCCUGAAUUCCUGCCUUGGCCAGGCCUUGAGAAACGCCCAAGCGCUCGGCCUGGACCGCGAUUUUCCCGUCAAGAACUGCGUCGAGAACGAGAACCGCCGCCGCAUCUGGUGGGAGCUGUUCAAUUGCGAUGUCUUCCAGUCCAUGUGUCUAGGCCGCACCCCUUUGAUCCACUCCAAUCCCACCAAAGUCCCCUUCCCCUCGCACUGCAACGACAUCGAUAUCACUGAAACCUCCGUCGAGGCCCGACCCAUAACCGAGCCCACCGAUGCCAGCGGAAACAUCCUUCGCUCCCAGGUGUUCAUGGUCUUCCGCAAGCUCUUCGACAACGACAUCGACCUCCUCAACAACUACGAGCAUGUGAAAUGCAUUGACGAUCAGAUCGAGCAGCUUGUCUCGACGUUUCCGUGGUACUUCCAGAUCAAGCCCAACCGAGAAUGCAACGUGCUCUCCGACAAUCUUGAAUUCAUUACUUGGCAGCACCAUAUGAUCCAUAGCUGCAUCUGCAUGCAGCGCAUUCGCAUGAACCGGCCCUUCAUCCACACCCGAACCGGCCGUUCGUGGUCCGUCUGCGCCAAGGCUGCCAACGAAGUCCUGGCCGUCUACCAUAACCUGCGCAACCGCAACGUGGAGGAGUUCACCAAGUCCCAGAAGUUCCUCAUCCAGGGCUACCAGAUCUUCUCGGCCGCCGUCGCCCUGGCCGCCUUCCUCCUGGUCGAGCGGUCGUUCCCGGCCGAUAACAUCCGCAAGGACAUCGAGAUGGUGAUCUGCGACCUGAGUUUGCGGGACGCCGAUUACUCCACGGUGGCGGAUGGAAGGAAGAUUCUCAUCAAGAUGCUGGAAAUGCACGACAGCCGUGGGAUGCACGAGCCCCUGGAGCCCGAAACUCUGAUCUCCGAGAUCUCCUCGGUGUUUGGGGGCGAGCAGACCACCCGAAAAUACCUGAAGCGGUGCGACAUAGGCUACGUCCUGAACGACGAUCCUUCGACGAGCAACGCACCAGAACCAAACGGGAGACGGCCCAGCGAACUUGGCAUGCCAUCCGCCUCCGCCUCGUCGUACCUACAACAGAGCCAGCAGAUGCAGCAACAGCAACAGCAACAGCAACAACAGCAGCAACAGCAGCAGCUCCUGCUGCAGCACCCCAUUCGCACCGGCUUCAACACCAUGGCGUCGUCGCUGGCCAUCAUGCCGGACUUCGUCGACCCCACGGCGUACAACCUGACCCCGGACUUUGGCUUCGACAGCAUGUACUCGGUCGACUGGGAUCUCCUGCUGCCAAGCGCGGGCUAUCAGCCGUGA